AUGAUCGGAUUUCUCUUGAUUGCACUUGCAAGUGCACUUGACUUCCAGGCGUGGACCGCAAAGUACAACAAACGCUUCAGUGCUGUUGAAGCGCUCCGAAGAAGAGCAAUCUUCACUGCAAACUCUCGCUAUGUCUCCAUGUUCAACAAGGAACACAAGUUCCAGUUAUCAAAUGAGGGUCCCUUUGCUGCUAUGACCAACGCCGAGUAUCGCGCUCAACUCAAGUUGAUUAGAAAGGAUGACAAGAGUGUUCCCGUGUAUUUGAAUAGAUCAGCACCCGAGUCCCUUGACUUGAGAACAAGCAACAAAGUGACUCCCAUUAGAGAUCAAGCCCAAUGUGGUUCAUGUUAUACAUUUGGAUCAACUGCAUCUCUUGAGGGAAGAUUAUUGAUGAUUGGUGGGGAUUACCAAACACUUGAUUUGUCUGAGGAACAAUUAGUGCAAUGCUCAAAGGAACAAGGCAACAACGGAUGCAAUGGUGGACUUGGAAAGAAUGCUUAUGAGUAUAUCAAGGCUAAUGGUAUUGUCCAAGAGAAGGAUUACCCAUACACAGCAGUUGAUGGAAGUUGCACUGUUGAUGUCAGCAAGAAGUAUGCGACUAUCACUGGCUACAAUUCAGUCCCAAGAAAGAACGACGCCGAAUUGAAGGCGGCUUUGGUCGAUGGUGUUGUUGAUGUCUCUAUUGAUGCAUCUUCUGCUAAGUUCCAAUUGUACAAGACAGGAGUUUACACAGAUACUAAGUGCGGAACAGGUUACUUCGAUUUGAACCACGAAGUCGCCGCUGUUGGAUAUGGAACACUCGAUGGCGCUGCUUAUUGGAUUGUCAGAAAUUCAUGGGGAACAUCUUGGGGUGACAAAGGUUACAUCUUGAUGGCGGCUGAAGGAAAUACUUGUGGUGUUACUACUGACCCACUCUACCCAACUGGCGUCAAAUUCCUUUAA